UACACGCGGAGCGGCCGGAGCUUUCGGCCUCAGUCAGGCGCUCGGCUCCGUUUCGGUUUCACUUCCGGUGAGGGGCCGCCUCAGAGCGGGUGGUUAGCCGACGGCGAGCGCAGGCGGCGGCGGUGACUGCGGCGCCGCUGCCGGGGGGCGUGCAGCAGCGCGGCGGCAGCGGCGGCUGGGCCUCGAGCGCCCGCAGCCCACCUCUCAGGGGCGGGCUCCCGGAGCGAGCAGGGCGGACGAGAAGAUGGAGGAGCUGGUGGUGGAAGUGCGGGGCUCCAAUGGCGCUUUCUACAAGGCAUUUGUAAAAGAUGUUCAUGAAGAUUCAAUAACAGUGGCAUUUGAAAACAACUGGCAGCCAGAGAGGCAGAUUCCAUUCCAUGAUGUGAGAUUCCCACCACCUGUAGGUUAUAAUAAAGAUAUAAAUGAAAGCGAUGAAGUUGAGGUUUAUUCCAGAGCAAAUGAAAAAGAGCCUUGCUGUUGGUGGUUAGCUAAAGUGAGGAUGAUAAAGGGUGAGUUUUAUGUGAUAGAAUAUGCAGCAUGUGAUGCUACAUACAAUGAAAUUGUCACAAUUGAACGUUUACGAUCAGUUAAUCCCAACAAACCUGCCACAAAAGAUACUUUCCAUAAAAUCAAACUGGACGUGCCAGAAGACUUACGACAAAUGUGUGCCAAAGAAUCGGCACAUAAGGACUUUAAAAAGGCAGUUGGUGCCUUUUCUGUAACUUAUGAUGCAGAAAACUAUCAGCUUGUCAUUUUGUCUAUCAAUGAAGUCACCUCAAAGCGUGCACACAUGCUGAUUGACAUGCACUUUCGGAGUCUGCGCACUAAGCUGUCUCUGAUACUGAGGAAUGAGGAAGCCAGUAAGCAGCUAGAGAGUUCAAGGCAACUUGCCUCAAGGUUUCACGAACAGUUUAUCGUACGAGAAGAUCUGAUGGGUCUAGCUAUUGGUACUCAUGGUGCUAAUAUUCAGCAAGCUAGAAAGGUACCUGGGGUCACAGCUAUCGAUCUAGAUGAAGAUACCUGCACAUUUCAUAUUUAUGGGGAGGAUCAGGAUGCAGUGAAAAAGGCUCGAAGCUUUCUGGAAUUUGCUGAAGACGUCAUACAAGUUCCAAGGAACUUAGUAGGCAAAGUAAUAGGAAAAAAUGGAAAACUGAUUCAGGAGAUUGUGGACAAGUCAGGAGUUGUGAGGGUGAGAAUUGAAGCUGAAAAUGAGAAAAAUGUUCCACAAGAAGAGGAAAUUAUGCCACCAAAUUCCCUACCUUCCAGUAACUCAAGGGUUGGACCUACUCCUUCAGAAGAAAAAAAGCAUAUAGAUGUAAAGGAAAACAGCACUCAUUUUUCUCAGCCUAACAGCACAAAAGUCCAGAGGGUGUUAGUGGUUUCAUCAAUUGUAGCAGGGGAAUCCCAGAAACCUGAACUCAAGGCUUGGCAGGGUAUGGUACCAUUUGUUUUUGUGGGAACAAAAGACAGCAUCGCUAAUGCCACUGUUCUUCUGGAUUAUCACCUGAACUAUUUAAAGGAAGUAGACCAGUUGCGUUUGGAGAGAUUACAAAUUGAUGAGCAGUUGCGACAGAUUGGAGCUAGUUCUAGACCACCACCAAAUCGUACAGAUAAGGAAAAAGGCUAUGUGACUGAUGAUGGUCAAGGAAUGGGUCGAGGUAGUAGACCUUACAGAAAUAGGGGGCACGGCAGACGCGGUCCUGGAUAUACUUCAGCUCCAACAGAGGAAGAGAGAGAGGUAGUAGAGCUGAUAUUCUGGAGUCGGGGAGAGAGACACCUACUCCUAAGGCCAACCUUGAACCUAACCCCUAAUCCCUCUCCCAGCAGUCUGUUCUUUAUGCUGUUGAAGUCCCCCGUCACCGUGGAGCUCUUUUCCCCACUCCCAUCCCUUAUGUCAUUAACCCAGACCCUCAGGCAUAACAAGUUUAUUACAAUAAAUCCUUUAUAAUGAUCAAUUAUCCCAGUGGGAGUGGGAGGGAAGGUUGUGGACCAAGCAUCAGGCAAGCAUAUCCCCAUUCAGCUAGGUCCAAUCCCUUAUCGCACAAGAGACCCUUCCCUGAGAUAGUAGCCAUGGUGGCCACCUUUGCCACCCUCUCUGAGGUGACCAAAAUGUAUGCAUUCCCCUCUGUGCCUGGGCCAAACCUUGUUAAAAGGAACCCUCUUUAUAGAGGUUUUGUUGAUCAAGGUAUUGCAUUUAACUGUUGUAGACAACUUUUCCUCCAGAGAGCACAGAUGUUUAAAGGAGCACAGCUGUUUAAUGAUGUGGCAUACUCAGGUUUGAACUUAGAUGGCUAAUAAAAUCUUUUAUUUUUUUUAAUGAGAACCAAAAAUGUUUAAAACAAAAAUUACCUCAAAUAUUGUGGAGACCUUCAUUUUGAAUUUAAGAUAAUUUGUUUUACAAAAUGGAAGGUGAUAAUACUCUUUGGUGGGCUUAUAAAUUGGGAAGAGUAAUGGAUUACCCCUGAAACGUCUCUGGAAGCUUCUGUUAACCUAACUUUUUUUUUAAGUCGGACAACGGUAUAUAACUUUUAACUCUCGAUAGGAACUAAUUCUGAAGCAUCAAAUGCUUCUGAAACAGAAUCUGACCACAGAGAUGAACUCAGUGAUUGGUCAUUAGCUCCAACAGAGGAAGAGAGGGAGAACUUCCUGCGCAGAGGAGAC